UCAGAUGGUGAUACGGCGUCGGUGUUCGGUGUCGGUUUUCCACCUUUCUGGGGUGGUCCAUUUCGUUUUGUGGAUAUGUACGGUGCAGAUAAACUUAUAGGUAAUAUGUUACGGUAUGCAGAAGCCUAUCCAUCGGAACAGUUCAAACCAGCUCAAAUUAUCCAGGAUCAUGCCAAACGAAAUACAAAAUUCUAUCCAGAAUAA